AGUUUCUGCAAUCAUCAUACUUUUUUUUUAAAAAAUAUUUUAUGCCCUAAACUAUGAAUUGGUUGGUGUGCCAUGCUGGUGCAUUUGAUUCUGCGGCUGUAGAAGUCACUUAUAGGCAAAAUGGUCCAUCUCAUGUGGGUUUUUGUGGACCCACUGUCUUCUACGGUGAGCCCGAAAUUAUAUUUUCUGCUUUCUUGAUUUUCAAACAGAUAUUCCUAAGACUCUAUGAUAUCUAUGUUGCUUUUGUUGGAAAUUAUUGUGGUCCAUAACUUUCUGUACUUUCAAUGUUUGUGAUAAAUUUUACGAAGUGAAAGUGGCUGGAAUACUGAAGGGUUCUAGAAUGGUACUACUCUCUUUUUAGAGCUUUUUAUGGCCCUUGAUGAUGCAUCUUCAAACGCAUAAAUAUUUAUUUAUGGUACAGAGCCAAUUUUCCAACCACUUUUAACUACUCUUGUUGGCAAACUAGUUUGUUCGCUUCAGAUGUUGAUAAUUCAACCCCAAGAAAAUGGGUGUGCACUUCCUGCACCGCCUCCUUUACUACCCUAAGAUGCAAAUCUUGGGGCCCAUUUACGUUUGCACGCUGGUUUAUUCACAUGAAAUUCAAUAUUUAUCAUAUAAUUCUAGUUGGAUUCACGUUACUGGUCCUUUGAAUGAUUAUAAAAUAUCAUUCGAACUUAACUUGACCAAAAUGGUCCAGAAUACAGAGCCCUCUCCCCAUCAUGACCAAAAUGUCUUUAUUGCAUUCUUGCUAAUUAGAUAGACCUCUGAAGCCAUCCAUUUUUCUUCCAUUCCAUUACUUUCAUACAUUCAAAGCUAUGGAAGAAACCAGUUUUUUCAAACUUUGCAGCUUCUUAAUGGUGGUUCUUAUGAUCGAUGUUCAGUUUUUGAAAAGUGCUACAUCUCAUAAUUAUACAGUUGGUGAUGAAGGAAAUUGGAAUGAUGAGGCAGACUUCGUCUCAUGGUCACAGAAAUACAAAUUCAAAGUUGGUGAUGUUCUUCGUUUUAAAUAUGUGAAGGGGCAGCAUAAUACUUAUGAAGUAACAGAAGCUACCUACCGAUCAUGUGAUGCGAGCUCUGGAGUGUUGGCAAAGUAUGAGAGUGGAGACGAUCAAGUAAAACUUACUCAAGCAAAGAAGUAUUGGUUCAUUUGCAAUAUCCCUGGACAUUGCCUCGGGGGAAUGAGGUUUGGCAUAGAUGUUAAAGAAGCAAGUGCCUCUGAUCCUGGGGCUAAUACCCCCAAUAGUGCUAUAUCACCUCCCCCGGGGGAAUCAUCUCCACCAGUCAGUUCUUGUAGAAGUUAUGACCCUGUUAGGUGGAGCAUGGGAAUUCAUCUUGUUGCAUUUGGAAUUUUACUGUGAGUGCAGGAAUAUUGGAUAUUUGAGGGAAAAUUGCAUCACAUUGAUUGGCAAUAUUUAUUAAUUAGUAUAUUUAUUCCCAGUUAUUUCAUCGUCA